AGCCCCUGAAAUCAUCCUCGGUUUACCGUUUUGUGAAGCAAUCGAUAUGUGGUCGUUGGGAUGUGUCAUUGCAGAGCUGUUCUUGGGCUGGCCGUUGUACCCGGGAGCUUCAGAGUACGAUCAGAUUCGCUAUAUUUCACAGACGCAGGGCUUACCAGCAGAGUAUUUGUUAAGUGCAGGGACAAAGACUACGAGGUUUUUCAACAGGGAUACAGACUCACCGUAUCCUUUGUGGAGGCUGAAGACGCCAGAUGAUCAUGAGGCAGAGACGGGGAUUAAGUCGAAGGAAGCAAGAAAGUAUAUUUUCAACUGUUUGGAUGAUAUGGCACAGGUGAACAUGACAACAGAUUUGGAAGGAAGUGAUAUGUUGGUGGAAAAGGCGGACCGGCGGGAGUUUAUAGAUCUGUUAAAGAAGAUGUUGACGAUAGAUGCAGAUAAGAGAAUUACACCCAUUGAAACUCUGAACCACCCUUUUGUCACCAUGACACACUUGCUUGAUUUCCCCCACAGCACACAUGUCAAGUCCUGCUUCCAGAACAUGGAGAUUUGCAAGCGGCGGGUGAAUAUGUAUGACACAGUGAACCAGAGCAAGACGCCAUUCAUCACCCAUGUAGCCCCGAGCACAUCGACCAACUUGACCAUGACUUUUAACAACCAGCUGAACACAGUCCACAACCAG